UAAGGGGCUGCGGGAGUGGUGAACUUGUGCCGGAGCAGCUAUCAACUUCAACUCGAAUUUGACCAGACACCUUCUUCGUGGCCUUCCAAUUACGCCAACAACUUUAUACAAAAUAAAAGUAAACUCUUUUUAUUUUUUCGGUUAUACUAAUCAAAACCAAAAUCUCCUUAAAUUCCCAUUUUUUCCUCUAUCAUCUAAUCUUGAUCUCUCUCUCCAACAUAUUUUUUCCUACCGUACAAUUUUUUGGUAUUCUUAUUGUUACUCCAUUAUCCAAUCUAUUUUGUGAUUUUUAAGAGAGUAUAAAUAGCAAAAUAAAAAAAAUAAAAAAGUUUUUCCUGAAGAUCCGGUUGAAUUAAGUACAUAUUUUCUUUUUGGACCGAUUUAUAAUUGUAAUUGCAAUCGCAAAGCCCUUUUAUUACAAAUCAUCUGUUAUAUCUGGGUUUUUAAUCCUUCUUCCUAAUGUUGACGUUUUAGCUUCAGGUAUAAAUGCGAAGAUGUCCGUGAAUAUUUGAUGAUGGACUCGGCCUUGUUCAUAACCUUUGAAGGAAUUAUUGGCUUUAAGACUCUGCAACUUCAGGAAGACUGUAUAUUUGAUUAAGUUUACAUAAGGGAUCUUUGGACAACAUGGGAGAGUGGGUUAUUGGAGCCUUCAUUAAUCUUUUUGGAAGUAUUGCUAUAAACUUUGGAACUAACCUUCUCAAGUUAGGUCAUACAGAGAGAGAGAGGUUUUUGCUAGAGAAUAAAGACACUAGUGGGAAGGCUUUAUUGAAGCCCGUCUCUCACUUUCAGACGUGGAGAGUUGGCAUUCUAUUUUUUGCUUUUGGAAACUGUCUCAAUUUUUUCUCAUUUGGAUAUGCUGCUCAGUCACUUCUUGCAGCUCUAGGAUCUGUUCAGUUUGUCUCAAACAUCGCGUUUUCAUUCUUCGUUUUGAACAAAAAGAUUUCAGUAAAGGUAUUGGUAGCCACAACUUUUAUUGUUCUAGGAAAUGUUUUCCUUGUUGCCUUUGGCAAUCACCAGUCACCUGUGUAUACACCAGAGGAGUUGGCAGAGAAGUAUAGCAACAUAACGUUCCUGCUAUACUGCUUGACUUUGAUAAUUGUUGUCGCCUUUCAUCACUAUCUCUACAGAAAAGGAGAAAUACUUGCAACUUCUGGGCAUCAAAUCAAAGCCUAUUGGCAAAUGCUGCUUCCUUUUUCCUAUGCAGUUGUUUCAGGCGCAGUAGGAUCUUGUUCUGUGCUGUUCGCUAAGUCUCUCUCUAAUCUUUUAAGAUUGGCCAUGUCCAGUAACUAUCACUUGCAUAGUUGGUUCACAUACUCCAUGCUUCUGCUGUUUCUGAGCACAGCUGGUUUCUGGAUGGCUAGGUUGAAUGAUGGACUGGCCUUCUUUGAUGCAAUUGUCAUAGUUCCCAUGUUCCAGAUUGCAUGGACUUUUUUCUCUAUUUGUACCGGAUUUGUUUACUUUCAGGAAUAUCAGGUCUUCAAUACACUACGGACGACAAUGUUUAUUCUGGGCAUGAUGUCUGUGUUCGUAGGCAUUACUUUGCUUGCACCAGAUGAGGUUAAAGGUGGUGAAGUCAAAGAUGGUUCCUUGGAUGCUAUAACUUCUCCAAGUGUUGCAAAUGAUGAGGAAAGGUUGUUGGUUACAUCACUGGAGGAUACUCAAAGCAAAGAGGUGAAGCCAUUUUUACGAAUUAUGUUAACCAAGGCUGUAGAUGUCAUGCUCAAAGCAAAGACUACUUGCUUAUUAGCAUUAGGAAUGGGAGAAAAUUCGAUGAAUGCGUCUUCUGUUUUUGUGAUGCCUAUGCUAUCAUCAAAGCUAACUGGAUUUAGAGGCGGCAGUACUGCUGACAGGGCCAAGUUUUUCCCGAUGAGAGGUACUGGUUGGGAUAAGAUCCCAAUGGACGAGGACAAACUGCUGGAGACAAGCUCACUGGUCUCGCAGAGUCUUUGAUAGGAUUAGUUUGUGUAAGUCCCCAAGAAUAUUUUACACUAUUUUUCUGGUGUCACACUUGACACCCGCUCAUUGUUAAAAUCUGUAGGUCACUUGAGUGGUGUAUAAAUAUAUUUUCCUUCCGAGUUUGUUGUAGCCUGAAGUCGAAAUGUAUUUUAAAGUUGUACAUACUCAGUUCCUGGAAACACGAGAUUCGUUGUAAUAUAUUUUUUCAAGUAAAUAUGUCAUAGAAAUUGAUGUAUUAAUUUUCGAAGUAAAUGUAUCCAAAUUUCUCAGCAA